AUGUCAACCACCGGAAAGACUAUUACAUGCAAAGCAGGUAUCUGCUGGGGUGCAGGUCAAGAUGUGAAAAUUGAAACUGUUGAAGUCGCCCCACCUAGGGCUCAUGAAGUGAGAGUUAAGGUGGCAUAUACAGGUGUCUGUCACACUGAUGAAUACACUAGAUCUGGCCAAGACCGUGAAGGUGUCUUUCCAGUUAUAUUUGGUCAUGAGGGUGCUGGUAUUGUCGAAUCCAUAGGCGAAGGCGUUAUCAAUGUCAAAGUCGGAGAUCACGUCGUCUUAUUGUAUACACCAGAGUGUGGUGAAUGCAAAUUCUGUAAGUCCGGAAAGACAAAUCUUUGCUCAAAGAUUAGAAACACUCAGGGAAAAGGUUUAAUGCCGGAUGGUACGGUUAGAUUUACCUGCAACGGUAAACCUAUUUUUCACUAUAUGGGUUGCUCAUCCUUCUCUCAAUACACAGUUGUCACAGAUAUUUCCAUUGUCACUGUUAAUCCAAAGGCACCUAUGGAUAGAACCUGUUUGUUGGGAUGUGGUGUUACAACCGGUUUUGGUGCAGCCACUAAUAUCGCUAAAAUUGAGAAAGGUGAAAACGUUGGAGUUUUUGGAGCAGGAUGUAUUGGUUUAGCGGUUGUUAUGGGUGCCGUUAAGAAGCAGGCUGGAAAGAUCAUUGUUGUGGAUAUUAAUCCAGAAAAAGAGGCUUGGGCCAAGAAGUUUGGUGCAACAGACUUUAUCAAUCCAAAGACUGAUUUAAAACCGGGAGAAGAUAUUGUGCAGAAACUAACUGAACUUACAGAUGGUGGUUUUGAUUGGGAUUUCGACUGUACUGGUAAUGUUGAAGUCAUGAGGAAUGCUUUGGAAUCAUGUCACAAGGGCUGGGGUGAAUGUAUUGUUAUAGGUGUUGCACCUGCAGGUGCAGAAAUUCAUACUAGGCCAUUCCAGUUGGUCACCGGAAGAGUUUGGAGGGGUUGUGCGUUCGGUGGUGUCAAGGGUAGAUCACAAAUGCCUGGAAUUGUGGAUGACUACAUGACAGGCAAGCUUGAUGUCGAUGACUUCAUCACUCAAAGGUAUCCUUUGGAAAAGAUCAGGCAGGCAUUUGAUGAUAUGCAUAAUGGUAAAUCCAUCAGAGCGGUCAUUAACAUGCAAAACUAA